AUGAUCAAGGGGGAGAAGCAAGAGCUUCUCGGUUUCAGAACAACGGAAUCAAAAGAAGAGAUGAAAAUAGGAUAUAACCUCGCAGCAGCCGGACUAUCUACAACCCAGCGCGACCCCGCACCAGUAGUAAACACAUUCACCAGUUUCUCUCAGCACCGUGCUAGCUUGCACGGAACAGCUCAAAGCAUAUCCCAACUCACCAAUUGUAAACAUCCGGAAACCCUGACACGAACCCCUGCUGGAGGUCCUCCGGAUGACGAAGAUUCCAGUAGAGAUGGUGAUGAUGAUGGAACUCCUGGCAGGAACCCACCAGAUGACUUCGGAGGUGAUCCAGAUAAUGAACCGGAUAAUGAUCCAGAUAAUGGUCCGGACAAUAAUGAUGACAAUGCUCCGGACAACAACAACAACGGCCUUAACCCACAAGACCGCGUGUUCCAUCAGGAAAAACUGUAUCUCUAUAUAGAGGACCAUCCUCUAUAUAGCCCCUAUAGCACACCACAGCUCUAUACAGUCUAUCGCAAGCUAUCACAGUGCUAUAGACCAGUAUAG